CCCAAAUAAACGCUGCGGCAACGCUGAGCGGUAAAAAACUCGAUUUGACAGUGUGUUAAGAAGUAAAGUUAGCUGCAGAAAACAAAUGCUUGUAAAAAUGGAUAAUUUUGAGAAAAUAAUAGAAAUUGUAGAAAUCAACCCUUGUCUCUAUGAUAAAAGAGAUGAAAAAUAUAAAGACUUUAAGCAUAAAGAGCGGGUUUGGAUGGAAAUCGCCAAUCAAGUAAAUCUUUCGGCAAGAGAGUGUAAGGUAAAGUGGAAGAGUCUGCGCGACAAAUAUAGAAAGAUGAAACUUUCCGAAGAUCAACCAUCCGGUUCAGGACACACUUGGAAGUAUAUGGAGAGUCUAGAGUUUUUGACAGAAACAAUGGAUCCUAUCAGUACCACCACUAACGCCAAAAUGGACACAUCAGAACUGUUAGUAGAUGAUCAGAUAUUCCGCACCACACCAAAACAAAAACGUUGUAACGAUGAUCUCUUCAAUGAUGUUCUAAAAGCAAUGAAGAGGAAAUAUGAAGGACCACAAUCUUCAAACAAUAACAAAUAUGAACAUUUCUUCGGUAUGCUGGGGAACAAAUUGGAUAAACUAACAGAAAGUGAAGUUGAUGAAGUGGAAAUUGAAAUUUUAAACUUAGUUAACAAAAAAAUUAAUGCAUCCAGAAAAACAUCGAAAGGUAUUUAUCGAUGAAUUCAAUUUAAUAUUUCAACUUCUUUUUCUGUUUAGCCAAUUUGUUCGUACUACUAGCUAGGAUAUUAAAACUUUAUAUUUUAAAUUUAAGUUACUUUAAAACAAAAAUAUCUAAAAGACAGGAGAAUUAAUCGUUUUCUUAUUGAUAUUUAUUUAAAUAUACAUGUUUCUAUUUAUGAAGAAUUUAAAUAUUCAGAGAGUGCAUUUCUAAAACUUAAAGCUGUUUGAUUCGAUGAAAUGUAAUUUAGCAGUUAGUAAAUCAUGUCAUUUACACUCAUCAUAUGUGACCUGGUCUACGAAAAGGGAGCUAACGUGCGAAACAAGUUAUGACUUUUUGGAUUCUAUCACGUGAAAAAGCAUCUCAUCUUCCAUCCGAAUCAACUAAAAAGUGAAAAUUGAUUUUUUGACACCUAAGCCUCCUUUCCGUACACCAGGUCACAUAUGGUGAUUAUUGAUUUACUAUGCAGUAGUAGAGUUCACCUCAGAAAAUUAUAAAGCACUAUUGCUAAUACAACCCGAAAAUAUGGACACGAAAUUGUAUUUCCUAUAAUUUUAUAAAAUUGAGAAAUAAUAAUUAAAAAUAUUAAUUUAAUAAGAUUGUACCGAAUUAUGAGAAGCGCAUGUGAAUUACUUUUGAAAUGCAAAAUGAGAUUUUUAUUGAAUAAAACUGGAAAUUAUAGAGUCGGACA